UCAGUAGCAUCUCAACGAAACUUGGCCAGCAAGGCCGAUAGUGAUGGUGAAAAUCCCCCGGACAUUCCACAACUCCACAACUCAUCUUUCAUCAUCGAUGAUCGCGAAGAUUUCAAAGAUGAGUCGCUCUACACCUUCUGUGGCUCUUGCAAGAAUCACGUGAUGACCAUGGUGACGUAUAAGGCUGGUAAGUUGACUUUACUCUUUGCAGUGGCUCUGUGCUUUCUGGGAUGCUUUGGAGGUUGCUGUCUCGUACCGUUUCUAUGGAAACGUUUCCAAGAUGUGGAGCACUUGUGUCCGAACUGCCAGCUGAAAUUAGGAAAAUAUCGAAGAAAGACAAAAAAUAUCUGCUGCAAGGUGAGG